UAGCUGCAGGAGGCUGGAUGUACUGAGUGACUGCUGCGGGAGACGGACUGUGCACAGAGCCUGUUCCUGCAGCCGGACAGGCAAUGCAAGGAGACGAAAACACUAGAAAAAAGGGAUUACAUGAUAUGAAUGACAUUUCGCCCAGCACAUAAACUCGAUCUGCUUUCCCCCCCGCUACAUACAAGAUUGGGACUGACUUCUGUCGGUUUUCUGGACAGAGACUUAUACUGCUGCUGCCCAGCACCUCUGGGUUUUAUCCCCUGCCCUCAAGAUGCAUAUGAAUAGCUUAAUAAAUCAAUGGACGGACAUCUCCAGGAUGUGUGAUGUGGAUGUUUCCUCGGAACCCAGCAGUCCGACCCUGUAUGGUGAGUCUUCAGACCAGUACUACCAUGUGGACCGCUGGCAGAAACUACGCACUGCUGUUCGCAAACUGGAAUUCUGGGAAAACUUCAGCGCAGAGCUUAUCGGCAGUGGCUUCUUCUCCAAAGUCUACAAGGUGAUGCACAGUACUACUCGGAAGGUGAUGGUGGUGAAGAUCUAUAAGAAUGAUGUGGAUCAGGACAGCAUCGUACGAGAGAUCAGCCUGCUGCAGAAACUUUCUCAUCCCAACAUUGUCAGAUAUCUGGGAAUAUGUGUGAAGGAAGACAAACUCUACCCCAUCUUAGAGUAUGUGAAUGGAGGCUGUCUGGAGGAACUUCUGGCCAGAAAAGACAUUCCCCUCUGCUGGAGAGAGAAGGUGGAUCUGGCCUGUGAUAUUACCAGAGGCAUGAUUUACCUGCACUACAAGAACAUCUACCACAGAGACCUCAACUCCAAGAACUGUUUGAUCCGGGUCACAUCUCGGGGUCGGGAGGCUCUGGUGACAGACUUCGGUCUUGCCAGGGAGGUAGUGGAGCCACCAGUCCAAGACCCUGGCAGGAAGCUCUCCCUGGUGGGCUCUGCCUUCUGGAUGGCCCCCGAGAUGCUCCGAGGAGACCCUUACGACCGCAAGGUGGAUGUUUUCUCCUUUGGGAUCGUACUUUGUGAAAUCCUGGCCAGGAUCCCUGCUGACCCGGAGAUUCUACCCAGAACACAGGACUAUGGGCUGGAUGUGAAUGCGUUCAGGGAGCUGGUGGUUGGUUGUCCUCAGCGUGUUUUGGAGUUGGCAGCCAGCUGCUGUCUGGUGGAGGCCUUCAGACGACCAGCAUUCUCCGAGUUGCUGGAUGAGUUAGGGGAGGUAGCUGAAACCCUGGAGCUGCCACCAAAGUCUGAUCAGACCACUUAGCCGAGCAGCUUGAGCUGACACCCCAUCUUGCCUGAACCAGUGCAGGACCAUCCAGUCAAUGGCUGCUGCUUCGGCCAUGUGUGGCAUUAAUCUCCUCCAUUGCACAAUGGAUGAAGGUGAUUGAACUGGGAUGUGCUAGAUUGUUGCACUGAUGAACCAACUAGAUGGACUUAAAUUCUUUUUGGAGAGCAGUGGAAACGCUCCUCAAUGUGUAUAGACACUUGACCUGUUCACAUGCAUUUGUGUACAGAUGUAUAACUUUGGUAGUUUUACUUACAGAGGUGAAUUUGUUUCACUGUGUUUUGUUUGGGGUUUUUCUCUUGGCUGCAUGUCUUAUUUUACUAAAGUGUCUUAGUCUCUGUUCCUUCUCCUGUGGUUUUGUUUUGCAAAUGAUGACACAGAUUAUCGAAUCUGUUAAUGUCUUUCGUGGCUCUCUUAUCAGCUUUCGUUUUCCUUUCAAUUUACUUAGGCCAGAGCUCUCUAUUAAUGCCUCUCCGAAAGGAAAUUGCUUCUGUUGGUCAGCUGAGCAGGGGCUUUUUACAGGGACUUCAGUUUCCCGUACUGUACAUCAUAAAAAAAAAAAAAAAAAAAAAAAAAAG